GGAGCUUUCUGUCUCCAGGUUUCUCUCUCCACGCUCCUUCCUCCUGCACUCCUGACCCCCUGAAGAUGCCCAGGAGAGGAGCCCAUCCUGUGGGGACACUCCUGGUGCUGCUGCAGCUGCCAUUUGUCCCGUGCCCAGUGGCAGGCUGCCUCCUGGAUCCCUGCUUGGAGGUCACCCCUAACACAACCUUCAGAUGCACCGGACUGAACAUCUCUGGAGUUCCUGAUGGAGUCCCAAACACCACCCAGAACCUGGACCUCAGUUUCAGCAAUCUGAAAUCACUGGAGUCAAAUUAUUUUGCAUCAGUCCCUGAGCUGCAGCUUCUGGAUCUCUCAAGGUGCCACCUCCACACAAUAGAAGAUAACUCCUUUAUGGAUCUCCAUAGACUUUCCAGCUUGAUUUUAACUGCCAAUUCUCUCCAGCACCUCGGGAAAGCAGCUUUCUAUGGCUUAACAUCUCUGAAAAAGCUGGUUCUGGUGGAAACCAACAGAACCUCUCUGUCUGAGCUGCCCAUUGGACACUUGCACACUCUGCAGGAGCUGAAUUUAGGCCACAACAGCAUUACUUCAUUGAAGCUUCCUGACUAUUUCACCAACAUGACCUCCCUCAGGCACCUGAGCUUCUUCUCUAACAAGAUCACAUCUAUCUCCAGAGGAGACCUUGAUGCCCUGAGGGAAGGGAACAGGGUCAACCUGACUCUGGUGCUUUCCUUGAACAAUAUAAAAUCCAUACAGCCGGGGGCCUUUGCGGGGAUUCACCUCGCUGAGCUGGCCCUCAGGUCCGCUUUUGAGAACUUCAUGAUGCAAACUUCUCUGCAAGGCCUGGCUGGUUUGCAGGUCAGCAGACUCAUAGUUGGGGAGUUCAGGGACAGUAAGAACCUGCAGGACUUUGAGAGGGGGCUCUUGACUGGACUGUGCCAGGUACAGAUGGAAGAGUUUGUCUUAAUCUGCUUCAGGGAGUUUGAGGAUGACACAGACACUCUCUUUAACUGCAUAGGCAACGUCUCCACUGUUCGCUUGGUGGACCUCGGACUUCAGGAGAUAUCACAGGUUCCUGCGAGGUCUAAAGUGAAACAGCUGGAAUGCAAAAAAUGCGGUUUUGAGGAUGUGCCUGCCCUGAAGCUGUCGCUUUUCAAGGAGCUGAGAGUGCUCCGUAUUACCAAGAACAAAAGACUCAAAAACUUCAGUCAGAAUUUUGAGGAUCUCACUAACCUGGAGGUUAUAGAUUUGAGUGAGAAUAGACUCACCUUCAGUGGUUGCUGCUCCCCUCAGUUCCAAAAUUGUCCAAAUUUGAAACACUUGAACUUAAGCUUCAAUUCUAAUAUCAGAUUGACUGGAGAUUUCACUAAUGUGAAGAAUUUGUUAUAUUUGGACCUUCAGCACACAACUUUAUUUGGUCCUGGCUCCUACCCUGUCUUUCUGUCCCUUCAGAAACUGAUUUACCUUGAUAUUUCCCAUACCAAAACCGAAGUUAAAUCCCAGUGCACAUUUUGUGGCUUGAACUCUUUGCAAGUGCUCAAGAUGGCAGGAAACUCCUUUGAGGGCAAUAAGCUGGCAGGCAACUUCAAAAACCUAAGUCACCUCCACACCUUGGAUAUUUCAAGAUGCAAAUUAGAACAUGUGGAUCAAAGUACUUUUGAUGCCCUCUCUGAGCUAAAAGAGCUAAACAUCAGUAACAAUAAGCUCCUGACCUUCGAUCCUGGAGUCUACCGGCCGCUCCGAGCCCUCAGAGUCCUGGAUUUCAGCAGAAACCAGCUGACUGUUCUGCUGCACUCAGCCUGGGAAAUCCUGCCUGACAGCCUGGUCCUGUUGGAUAUCUCUCAAAACCUGUUUGACUGCUCCUGUGUGUACCUGGACUUCCUGACAUGGAUCAAGGAGAAGCAGGAGCUGCUGCAGAACAAGGAGCUGAUGCUGUGCCACACUCCCUCGUACGCGGUGAACGUGAGCCUGCCAAGCUUUGACCUGUCCUCCUGCCACGUCAGCGCAGGCAAGGUUGCCUCCUCAGUGGUUGUGCUGCUCUGUGUAGUGGUGCUCCUUUUCCUGAUUUACAAGUACUACUUCCAGCUCUACUACUCCGUGGUGCUGCUCAGUGGGUGCAAACACUCCGCAGAAAGAGGUGACACUUACGAUGCCUUUGUCAUCCACUCCAGCAAAGACCAGGAAUGGGUGACAAAGGAGCUGGUGGAACCCUUGGAAGGGGGAGCACCUCCCUUCCGCCUGUGUCUGUACUACAGGGACUUCCUGCCAGGGGUACCUGUUGUCACCAAUAUCAUCCAGGAGGGGUUUCUCAGUAGCAGGAAUGUCAUCGCAGUCAUCUCCGCUGACUUCCUGGAGAGCAAGUGGUGCAGCUUUGAGUUUGACAUUGCCCAGUCCUGGCAGCUGGUGGAGGGAAAGACUGGGAUCAUCAUGGUUGUGCUGGAAAAUGUGGAUAAGGCCCUGCUGAGGCAGAGGCUGGGGCUGUCUCGGUACCUGAGGAGGAACACCUACCUGGAGUGGAAAGACAAGGAAAUAAGCAAGCACAUCUUCUGCAGGCAGCUGACAGGGGUGCUGCUGGAAGGCAAAAAAUGGAAUCAUGAGGAGGAAGCAAGUGUCCAAAGGAUAACUCAACGUUCUCACGUUUCCAAAGCUGCUGGAUGCACUGUUUGAAACUGCCCACUCUGCAGCAAGUGGCUUUGAUAGGAUUUACUCAGUGGAUGAAAAAGUGAGCAGCCAAGCAAACACCCCUGCAGGUUUGCAUUCAUCUCUCAUGUAAAUAUGUGAAAAUAUUCCAGUUAUUAAAGCAUCUCUUUUGCCCAGGUCAAAAAAAAAAAAAAAAAAAUGGA